AUGGCAGACGAGAUUAUUUUGCUGGACUUCUGGCCGAGCAUGUUUGGUAUGAAGGUCAGAAUUGCACUAGCAGAGAAGGGUCUCAAAUAUGAAUACAGAGAUGAGGACUUGUUCAACAAGGGCCCUCUACUUCUAGAGAUGAACCCAAUUCAUAAGAAAAUCCCAGUGCUGAUCCAUAAUGGUAAACCCAUUUGUGAGUCUCAGAUAAUAGUUCAGUAUAUUGAUGAGGUUUGGAAGGAUAAAUCUCCAUUAUUGCCCUCGGAUCCAUACCAUAGAGCUCAAGCCAGGUUCUGGGCUGACUACAUAGACAAGAAGCUACACCUUCUUGGGGCAAGGUUAUGGAGAACCAAAGGAGAAGAGCAGGAGGCAAACAAGAAGGAGUACAUUGAAUGCCUUAAGCUAUUGGAAGGAGAGCUAGGAGAUAAGCCAUAUUUUGGUGGUGAAAAUUUUGGUUUUGUGGAUGUGAAUCUUAUGCCAUAUUUUAGUUGGCUUUAUGUAUUUGAGAUCGCUGCUAACUUCAGUAUAGAAGCUGAGUGCCCAAAGUUGAUUACAUGGGCUAAAAGGUGCAUGGAAAAGGAAAGUGUGUCCACUUCUCUUCCUGAUCAUCAGAAGCUUUAUGACUUCUUUUUACAAUUGAAGAAGUGGCAUGGUAUAGAGUAG